ACCAAGUAAACAUACCAAGAAUGUCUCUCAAAUACUAGCUAAAAUCAAAACAAUUAUCCAUCAACACCUUGACUGCUCGUGUUGCACCUUUUAUGCUCUUAUUUGUUUGGGCUCGCCUGUGGUUGGUUUCAGAUGCUGUAAUAUAGCUCAAUUUAUGUUUUUAUGCUGAUGUUCCAUUGUGCUCCGCCUCCUCGAAACUGUCCAGGGCGAGAGGAGCUCUGAGUCACGAGCUGACAGACACAGCUAACCACCCUGAGUGCUAGGCACACGCUCCCAUCGCAUCAAGUCCGAAAGUAUCCUAUCCAUGGCAUCGGACGAAUUAGCGAGGAAACUGCAGCCCAGGAUGGCCGCAGAGCAGGCUCCCCAAUUCAUCCGGUGUGCACCAGAGGAGACCCCGGUGAAACCGAGCGACUCUGUCCCUGAGCCGCAGGAAAAAGCGGUGGUGGUCAUUGUCAGUGAUGCCACAUCGGAACUCACGGCGAAACUCAACCGGAGACUGGACAUCAACGAUGGGAACGCGGCGCCCAAGCAAGCCAAGGUAUUCAACCCCUACACGGAAUUCAAAGAAUUCUCCCGCAAACAGAUCAAAGAAAUGGAGAACAUUUUCAAACGGUUUGACAGUGGUAAGGACGGAUUCAUAGACCUGAUGGAGCUGAAGCUGAUGAUGGAGAAGCUGGGAGCUCCUCAGACCCACCUGGGCCUCAAGAACAUGAUCAGGGAGGUGGAUGAGGACUUCGACAGCAAGCUGAGCUACAGAGAGUUCCUGCUGAUCUUCAGGCGAGCAGCGACAGGCGAGCUGCAGGAGGAGAGCGGUCUGGUGGCUCUGGCCAGACUGUCUGAGAUAGAUGUCUCCACAGAGGGAGUCAUGGGGGCACGGGACUUCUUCGAGGCUAAGGUGCAAGCUCUAAAGGUGGGCAGUAAGUUUGAGGCUGAGAUCCGAGAGGAGCAGGAGGAAAUGAAGAGGCAGGCGCUUGAUAGGAAACAGAGACGGGCUGCCUUCAAAGAGCUGCAAUCUGCCUUCUGCUCAUAAUACAGUGCACACACACUGAAACACACGCGCACACUGAAACACACGCGCACACUGAAACACACGCGCACACUGAAACACACGCACACACUGAAACACACUGAAACACACGCGCACACUGAAACACACGCGCACA